CCCUAGUGACUCUUGAACACGCCUAAAAAAAGCCGAAACCCUAAGUCCUUCAUUUUCCAUUCGCCAGUGAGAGGUUCAUUGUGAGCAGCUGCACCUUCAAAAAUCCUAAUCCUCUACCUCAGACUCCGUCACGAGAGCUCUACGACUGCAGGUAAGAUGGCGGCAACAGCUGUGGCACCGGUGCAACCGUCUCUGGACUCAAAUCAGCCUCAGUACGAUGUGAAGCUCUUCAACCGCUGGACUUUCGACGACGUUCAGGUUGUUGACAUUUCAUUGAGUGAUUACAUUGGAGUCCAAGCUGCCAAGCAUGCCACCUAUGUGCCACACACUGCUGGUAGGUACUCCGUGAAACGUUUCAGGAAGGCCCAGUGCCCAAUUGUGGAGAGGCUUACAAACUCUCUCAUGAUGCAUGGAAGAAACAAUGGUAAGAAAUUGAUGGCUGUUAGGAUUGUGAAGCAUGCCAUGGAAAUUAUUCACCUGUUGACUGACCAGAACCCAAUCCAAGUUAUUGUUGAUGCUGUCAUCAACAGUGGUCCUCGUGAAGAUGCUACCAGAAUUGGAUCAGCUGGUGUUGUUAGACGUCAGGCUGUGGAUAUUUCUCCAUUGAGACGUGUGAACCAGGCCAUCUAUCUUCUCACUACUGGUGCUCGUGAAUCAGCAUUCAGGAACAUCAAGACAAUUGCAGAGUGCCUUGCUGAUGAACUUAUCAAUGCUGCAAAGGGUUCAUCAAAUAGUUAUGCCAUCAAGAAGAAGGAUGAAAUUGAGAGAGUUGCCAAGGCCAAUCGUUGAAAACUUAUAUUAGAGAAUCAGAAAACACUUUUAAUGGUUUUGAUGAGUACUUUAUGAGAGUACCUUUUUUGUCUCAUGGACAUGCUAUGAAUGCUUUAUUGUUUUCUAUUUUUAUGUUCAAUUGGAUGUGGUUUUUUUUUUUUUUGAAGUUUUGAUAAUCGUAUAUUAAGGAUGUUUUUAGUUA